AUGCGAUUUUGUCAAGGUCUGAGUCAAUUUCAAGAGUGUGUCUGCUGCUCAGAGAUUGACUGGGUUGCCUUUGUCGCUAAAACAAUGAAGCGAUUGAGACAGAAGGACUCUGCCUGUUUGCAUAACACAACACCCGGGAUUCCAAGCCGUUUGCUUAAAUCGCUGGGUUCUUCAGACGGCCUGGUAUUAAUGCAAACAGCAGUACCGCGACUCCUACGAAGGCCCAACACGCAAACAAACAGUCACAUAGCUUAAAGGUAGCUGGCGAGGUGGUGCUCGGGCAUUUUAGGAAAAGUUCGCGUUGUCCUGCGAUCUUGCGCUGUUUGUUAUGUUGGGGCUCACUUUCCUCCCCCACUAAAGAGGCAAUGAAGAUGGAUGACUUUGUGUUAGAGGGAUUUCGCUUUGCAGACGAGUAA